AUGUGGAGCAGAUUUACGGGCAAAAGCGACAGCGGCUCGUCCGCCCCAAAAGAUAAAGACGAAGAAAGUCGCCGCCAACGAACUAGCGACUCCACGCGUUCCAAGCGCGACAGAGAUGCCGACACGAGAUCUGUUGUCUCAUCCACAUCCACCCGAAAGCCGUCCCGUCGCGAACCUGCGCCUUCCUCGAUUGCAUCCUUCGCGACUGCCUUCGACGACAUGCCAAGAGCCCGAGGAAGCGACGACCUGUACGAUGACCCGCGAGAUGAGCGCUACUCGUACAGGCGCGAGGACCGGCCCUCCAGCUAUGCCGAGUCAUCGGCAUCAACAAUGAAACGCGAACGAUCGCGCAGCCGAGAGCGCGACGACAAGGACAAGAACAAGAAAAAGAGCAAAGACAAGGACGUAAAAGGCUGGAAGCGACCAUCCACGCGUUCGUCCCGUUCAGGAAGCUUGUCGCAGGUGGGUGGCUACAAGAGCGACAUUGUCGAGAGCCCCAAGCAACCCACGCGAAGCUUCAGCGGCCAGAUUGGGAGCGAGGGCUUCUCGCAGUUCCCAGGCCAGGCUCAAUUCCCUGGACAAUACCCUGCCCAGUUCACCUCCAGUGCUCUGCCUGGUGGCAAUCAGUUUGGCGCGGCUGCCGAAAUGUACAAGGAUAAUGGCCAGAGUGUUCAUCAACAGCCAGGUGUGAGGCCACAGCCGCCGUCAGUCAUUAUUGGCCAAGACACACCACAUCUCACCUCCGCUGCUGCGCAGCCCAAUCCCGUUGCCGAUACUGGAUCUGGUGCUGCUGCAGACUUCUACGGUGGCAACACGGGCAAGCCUUCGUCGAAGCCACCUCGACCAUCUUCAAUGCCAGGUGCCUUCUUCGAGGAAGAUUCUGCACCUGCAAAACCACCACGACCCUCUUCCAAGCCGCAAAAACCAGCAAAGCCCUCCAAGUUCGGCUCUGCUGCGACUCUGGCUGGUGGAGCAGCUUUGGGAUAUGCCAUGGGCAACGGCUCAUCCAGCAACCACCAGUCCGGUGCUUACAGCAGCUCUUCCAGCAACUACCAGUCGACUUCUUACACAAACGCCAAUUCGGGCUAUUCCGCCUCCAUAUAUAAUCAGAGUGUGAAACCUUCAAGCUCGGCCACUGGCGGCAGCAGCCACAUCCCCACCUAUUCUCAAGCCAUGGAGGGAAUGCCUCCUCCGAAACCACCUCGUCCCGGCAAGCCCGAAAAGCAUUCAUCGAGCAGCAACGUGGGACUGUAUGCGACGGCAGGAGCCGCUGGGCUUGCAGCAUAUGGUCUCCACCAACACAACUCGCACUCAGGCUCGCACGCUCAGUCGCAUGUCCACUCACACGACCAUUUGCACAAUCAUUCCACCUCGAUACCCGGCGCCUUCCCAGGCAGCAACUACAACAAUGGUACACACUCCUCAUCCGCCCACUACGCUAAUGGCGACAUGGCGCAGCAGCAUCAGCAUACUGGGCCUGUGUCCCGCUUUGUUGACUGGUGGAAGGACUACGAAGACGUCCAGAAGAUGGAGGAAUACACCGAAUACAUUGGUGUGUGCAAGUACUGUUUUGAUCCACGGUCUUCUGUCUUGGACGCACCUCGCAAGCAUCACUACGGCCGCCGGCGAUCUAGCGAAAACAUGCGACGAUCUAGUGAAUACACGCGGCCUUCCGGCGGCAUUGAGAAGCAGUCUCGAUAUUCCUUGAAGGAGAAAAAAUCAUACAGCUCCUUCUCCUCAGGAGACGAGAGGCGGAAGAAGACGAACAGCAAUGCUGCUGGAUGGGUCGCAGCAGGACUGGGAGGCAUUGGUUUGGCCAAGGCAGGCAAAGCCGUACUAGGCACGCGCCGCGAUGAUUUUGACGACACUUACAGCAUCAAAUCAGGUCGAGACAACCGUUCAAGGAUAUCUGGCCUGUCCGGCCGUAGUCGAAGCCGUUCUCGCAACCGCAAAGAUUACAGCUACGGUGGAUCCGAGAUUCGCCGCCGCAGUCGCUCCCGCGAUCGAAUGUCACAAAUGUCCGUAGGUGUGACCAACGACAAGAAGGACUACAAAAUUGGUCGUCGACACUCGCGUUCUCGCUCACGCUCACGAGACCGCAAAUCUGGUUUCGGUACAGCACUCGGCGUGGGUCUGGCAGGCGCUGCGCUAGGUGCUGCCGUCAAUAAAAGCCGGAGGAGUCGUAGUCGGUCUAAGUCACCGAGGAAGGCUAUCACGUAUCAUCGGCGAGACAGUAGUGAUGAUGAACGUCGACGAAAGUCACAGCAGCUGCGGCGCAAAGCUUCGCGAAGUUCGACCUCUGGCGCCUCCGUCAUUGAUAUCUCGCAGAAUCAAUCCACACAAGGUGGCUUUUUAGGUGGUUUCUUCACCGCCCCUCCACCAAAGAUCAAGCGGAAGAAGUCCAUAACUGCAUCGCGCAAGAAGAAAUCUAAGGGCUUCUUCAACUUUAGCAAUGCGUCUUCGUCGUCAUCAUCUGAUUCCGAGAUGGCUUUUGGUACAGGCUACGUACAGAGAAAACGACGAUCGUCACCGAAGAGACGUCCGUCGUCGCCAAAGAGACGCCCAUCAUCUCCCAAGCGACGCAACUCAGAAGAACGUCUCAAGGCCACACUAGCAGGUUUAGGUGCGACUGCUGCGGCAAUCGCGGCGGCCAAGGCUCGCCGACGCCAUCAGGGCGACGUUGUGGCGGUCAAGGAGAACAGGCUUUCGCGGAAGAGUAGCGAUCGACUCAGACCAGCCUCCCGUUAUGGAGAUGAUGAAUGGGAGGAUCUGCCUGACGACGAUACCUCUGACUCCUCCGACAACGCUGGAUUGGUCUAUGGCGACUACGAUUGGCGAAAGGGCAAGAGUCAGGAAUCGCUUGCCUCGAACGGCUCAGGUACGAACAAGUGGAGCUGGCGAUGGGGAUUCGGUGGGCAGAAGAAGAGACGAUCCUCUGAGAAUCUCUACGAUAGUAUCGCCAACACCUCCUUUAUCGGCCCUGCUACAGGAGGCGCUGCGGGCGCCAUCACUGGAGCAGCUAUCGGAACCAAGUUGGGUCGCCAUGACAGUGAAUCAAGCAGCGCCUAUACUCUACAGACAGUAUACCCUGUUGCUUCCAACGAUCCAACAACUUUCGAUGCCAGACGCAUAAGCUCCGUUCCAACACCUCAGCCUAUGAUCACAUCUGGUCCUGGUUCUAUUAGCAUACAACAGCCUCAGCCAAUGCAUCAGGUGCCAGGGGCAAUGUACUCUACACAGGCGCCAUCUCAAUCUGGUUAUUCUGCUCCGGUCGGCCCACCCGUCUUCUCCCAGGCGCCAGGUCUGGGUCCCUUCCCGACACAGUACCAGUCACAGAACAUCACCAUUCAGGCUGCUCAACCAUCUAUGCAUCCUCCUCUCCCUCGCCGCGCCAACUCGUCGCCUAUUCAAACAUCCUCCUGGAAGCAGAACGCAGCCAUUGCUGGGAUAGCUGCAGCAGCUGGAGGUGCUGCGAUUGCUGCUGCGAAGAGUCACGAUCGUCGAACCAGCUCCCCGAGUAAUGUUCGAUUUAGUCUGACUAGGGAGCAGGCUGAUAAGGCUGAACGCGAACAUCGCGAAGAGCAAGACCGUCGCGAUGAGGACGACCGCCACCAUCGUGAACAGUUGAGGCUCGAAGAAGAAGCUCGUAGGGAUGAGGAAGAUCGCCGCCGCCGCGAGCAGCAGGCGCGAGAUGAUGAAGCCCGCCGCGCGGAAGAAAUUCGCAGAGAACAGCUUCACCAAGAUGAAGUGGCGCAUCGAGAAGAAGAGCGUCGCCGUUCCGAAUUGCUCCGCCAGCAAGAAGAAGCGCGCAGCUACAUGGAAGCCGAACGUCUCGCCAGAAUAGAAACCGAGCGCCUUUCCGAUGACCGACGUCGCCAGCAAGAUGAGAUGCGAGCACGGGAAGCUCGUGAAGCUCGCGAGAUAGAUGAGCAAAAUCGUCGAGAACGUGAAAACCGUGCAGAAGCUCUACGCAUAGCUGAUCGUGAAGCUGAAGCCGAACGCAUUCGAAACGAGCGCCGCGACUCCGAUCGUAUUGAAGCUUCAAGGCGUAAUAUUGAAUUUCGAGACCAGGCCGAGUUUGAUCGCCUUGAACGCGAGGCCCAGGAGUACUCAAGCCGAAACCGUCCUGACAGAGACCAACGGAAGCUUGAACAACAAAGGACUGGAAGCUCUGUGAGCUCUGUCGCCACCGAUGUUCGCCGCAAGGAAAAGGAGCUUGAAGAGCGGGAACGCGAGGUGAUGCAACAUGACGCACGCAAGUCUACUGUUGCAAGCGCAGUUGCAGCUGGUGCAGCCGCGGCCAUCACAAGCGCGGCGAUCUCUUCGUACAAGGACAAGGGCAAGGAGAAGGCCAAGGAAAAGGAGAAAGACAAGAACCGGGAACGUGAGCGGGAACGAGGACGCCGCCGCGACUCUUCUUCAACGGUGCAGACUGUCGUGCCAAGCAGCGUCAAAACUUCCGAGCCAUCAAGAGUCAGCACAGUCGAGCCUAACAAGACCAAGCCAGUUGCUCCUAGCAGCGUCAUCCCCAGCAGCGUCAUGACUUAUAAGCCGAGCAAUCUUCAACAGGACUAUGCCGAUGACGAUAUCUACGACCCCAACCUUUUCAAGAAGGAGUCCGCGCGAGACGUGCUUAGGGACUGGGAAGAGAGGUACAAUGGGCCGCAAGUGAGCCAAGCCGAAUUCUUCGCGCCCAAAGAGCUUCUGCAAAACGACAACCUGCCCAAGGUCCGCCCCAUCGAUCCUAACGAGGGCGCUACCAAUUUCACCAUAGUUGAAGCCCAUGAUGAACCAGCCACCAAGCCUUCGAUAACGCCUCCUUACCCGGCGCCGUACUCUUUCGUUGCUACGCGAGAUGGGAAGCCAGCCCAACAACAACCAUGGGCUGUGCCUGCUUUUAACCUAAUUAUGCCUACUCCUCCAGGAAGCAGAGCGCCCUCCGUUCGAGGUCCUCCAUCACCUGCCAUCGAGCCUGUGCCGAUGCCGACCCCUAGGCGUGUGCCGAUGCCAGAUGAUGCGAACAAAGCCAGGUCAAGGGUAAGCUGGGGCGAGAACCAGUUCCACCAUUUCGAAGUUCCGACUCCAGAGUCAUUUCGGGAGCAAUUCGUCUCUGACGGUGAUAUGACCGCUCGGGAUAAGCAGCAGGCACGCCAAACCGCAACCGUGGUACAGGACUCACCAAAGGCUGACCAGAAGACAACUACGUAUCAAGCUUAUCGUCCAGAGCAAGUAUCCAAAGUUACUCAGCCACCUGAGAUUGCACCGAGCACACAGUAUAUCAGAGAUGAGAAAGAGUCCGAUUGGGACAACGUAGUCGAUGCUUCAUCAAAGAAGAGCAAGAAGAAGGAGUCGAAGAAGGCCAAAGCCGCGGCAGCCGCGUUCGCGUCUGGCGUUGCCGCAAUGUCCGCGGGUGACUGGGACGAUCGGAAACGUGAUGCAGCGUCUGUCGUCAGCAACCCAUUCUCAGACGUCAACGCUGCGGCUUCUACCAUUGCCCCAUCCACUAUUGCCCCAUCGGCUGUCUCCUCGAUCCGUUCUUUAAGCAGUGUCUAUCAGUCGCCUACCUACGAUUCUGCCUCCGAUCUUGACCUGCGGAAACUCCCACCUAAGUCCACUAAUGGUCCGGGCUUUGUGGAGGGUGAAGUCACAUCCAAGGCCACUCCCAUGCAUGUCCCUGGAAGUUUUGACGAGGUGGCGGACACCAAUGAUGCUCGCGACAAGCCCGCCGAGGAGGACUGGGACUCGUCGAGCAAGAAGAGCAAGAAGGAUAAGAAGAAGUCUAAGAGCACUGACAACAUCGUAGUAGCACAGAACACCCCGAAACGAGUCGAGCCGGAGCCCAUCCCAGUACGCGAGCCAGCUAAAGAAAUUGCUUCUGCUAAGGAAACUUCCUUUGUUAAGGAAACUGCUUCUGCGUCCGAAGCUACAUCAAGCAAGAAGGAGAAGAAGAAGAAGUCCAAGGCAGCCAAGCGAGCUAGCGUAGACAGCUGGGAGGAGAGCGACGUCAGUCCGCUUGCUAGCCCAAAGGUCGAGCGCGACCCAAGGGAUCUGGAGCCCUCGACAGCCACCUCGUCCAUGCAAGGAACAGUCAAUGGCGGCAGUUCCUCUCGCUCUGAGAAUAUAGGCAAGAACGUUGCUGCCGCAGCCAUGGCGGGAGGAUUUGCAGCUCUUCUCGGUAACUCGAUGAAGCAAGAUCAAGACCGGAUUAAUUCCGAGUUUGAACAUGCUCGACAAAGCCUGCAUUCUUCCGACAAUCACAACUCUCGAGAGCCGUCUUUGCCACAGUCUAACGGCACUCGCCAGCUCGAUAAUGGCGAUCGGCCUGUUUCAGGGCCGAGCGCAUCUCACGAUGAAGACGGUCUCGUGGACGCCAAGACGCCUCGCAGGAAGAAAGAGAAAAGGCACAGCAGUGGCAGAUGGUCGCCCACUAUCGGCUCACCUCUUAGAACAGAGACGAAGUACGAAGAUUACAUGGGUCCGUCAAGAGACUUCGACCAACGCUCGUUCGUCGAAGCACCCAAAGUACCCACCACGUCAGCCUUCACGAACGCCCCUGAAUCUUUUGGCUCGCGCAAUGUGAACGAUUCGGGAUACCAUGCGCCAGAUGAACCUCCCAGAAAGGAAAUCGCCGACCGAGAUUCCGAUGAGUUCUUUUCAGCAGGUUCGGAUGAAAGAGAGAGGGCGAAGUCACAGGCACGAGAGCUAGAAAGACAGCAACAGUCUCUGCAAAAAUCUCCUAGCAACUAUGAGGAUGACGAUCAAAGCACGGUCAUCCAGACGGUCCGCUCUCCCGAGAGCAGACGUGAUGACGAAACACGUUCAGCUGGAUCAUCGAAAACAAAAUAUGAAGAUGAUAUGGUUCGUGAGGAACGAAACGGCAGACACCAUGAAUCAAAAUCGGACAAACUGGAGAGUCGCGAACAGAGUCGUGACCGGACCUACGAGCUUGAUGGCGAAGAACGCAAGCGGAGACACCAUCGCCGUCGGGAGACCGACGACACCAACGAUGACUGGGACACGAGAUCAACCUUUUUCUGA